AUGUACUUUGUUGUUUGUACCACAUCGUUGGAGGAGACGUCUGGAAGCAAGCAAGACGAAUAUAAAACGCAACACCUUGCCACUGUUGAAGGCAUACCUUUCUCGGCCUUUUGGCUAAGAUCAAGUGUAGUAUCUGUUCUUAUCAGUUUAAUAUCUGAUACGUGGGCCAAUGGCCCACACGAUAUUAAAUUUAUUUUUCUAGGGGGAAAAGGCCCACUACUGGAGCUUGCUCCAGGGGCCUUCUCGCGCGUCGCCCAUGCGUUGCACUAUUGCACGGGCCUGGCUCACCCCACCAAUUUUAGUUAA